AUGGAAGAAUUACAUACCAUGAACUUUCACGAGCAACCGAUAUGUUUAGUGAAAGCAACUUGCUUGGAACAGGGAGUUUCAGUUCUACUUAUAAAGGAAUGUUUCCUGAGGAUCGACAUAAUGAUAGAUGUGGCUUGUGCCAUGGAGUAUCUUCACCAUGGUUAUUCAAUGCCUGUGGCUCAUUGUGAUUUGAAACCAAGCAAUGUGUUACUGGAUGAUGAUAUGGUUGCACAUGUGAGUGAUUUCAGCUUUGCAAAGUUGUUAGGUGGUGGGGAGAGCAUUGCACAAACAAGGACAAUAGCAACAUUUGGAUAUAUUGCACUAGACUCACCUAAGGAGAGGAUGAUCAUAAAGGAUGUUCUAGUAGCAAUUAAGAAGAUCACACUUCGAUCCGAUAGUCUUGGGGAGGAGGUUGACGUGGCUCUAAAUUUGACUUUUGAGGAAGCUGGCCUCAAUCCAUCCAACCCUCCAUCCACUUCAGGCCGAGUAGACAUCUCCUUUGAAGAUAUUUUUACCAACUUAGGGGACCUUCCCGGUGCAUAUCCUGAGAAUAUGGCUGGGGAGGCGCUCACGCAGAUGGCCAGGAAGAAAAAUGCUGAGAGGCUGGCCGCCCGGAGGAAAGCCGAAGCCAACCGAUCUGAACCUCCAAUCGUUGCUGGGGCAGAGUCUUCUCUGCCUGCUCUUGUGGAAGAAACGACUCAUAUUGACACAGCCAAAACGGAGCACAUUACGACGGGCAAGACAACUAAGAUUGGCCGCCGUCAACAUGAUGCUAUUGAACAAAUCGACUUUCUCACUGCCGAAAUUGAAAAUGAAAAGAGCAAGGCCAUGGAGGCCUCUCUCAAAGCCAAGUCCGAAGCAAUGAAAGUGGCGGAAGAACGCGUGAGUGCCGAUGCCGAGGCAGAAAAGGCCAAGAGUUCCGACCAACUCAGGUUGGCCGCCGAAGAGAGGGCAAACGUGAGCGACGAUGCGCUCAAGUUAGCCCAGGAGGUGAUUGCCAAAUUGGAGGCUGAUUUGGAAGCAUCGAAGAAGGCAAAAGAGAUAGCUGACUCUGAGAUUUCCAAAGCAUUCCAACCGAUUCCAUACGAGCAGAUGGAUGUUGAGCUGCUGGAGUCUGACCCUGAAGAUUGA